AUGCCGGCCCACGGCGAUACGCGCUCCAUGAAUUCCUCAGCCGGCUGGAUCACGAGUAUCACGGAUCAGGAUCACGAGUAUAUUCCCCAGGUUGACCGAAAAAAGGCGGACACGCUGAACUUGUGGAAGGUGUGCAACAUCUACAGUGUUUAUGCAGUUGAUACGGACAAUGCGAUGCGCGAGGUCCGGAAAUCCCUCAGAAAAAUUAUUGUCAAGGCGGAGAAGCAGCAGGAGAAGGAGAAAGCUAAAGAUUUUCAGCUGACCGUCAAUGGGAGCCAGUACAUUCCUUCGCGACGGCUAGGGGAUGAGUACCGCCCGCAGAGCUUCUUGAGCUCGCUGACAAAACGGAAACCCAAGCCAACUCCCUCCGAAAGAAUCCAGUUGCCAACACGAGCCCCAUCUCCUCAUUCUCAUCAAAUUCAAGUAGGGGAUACGAAUCUGGCGCUUCCGGAGCACGAGAUUUACGAUAAGCAUCGGCCGAGUUUGGAGGAGGCACAGAGGGCCCUGUCAACCUGGAGAAAAUCGUUAGAAGAAGAGACCCAAGAAUCCACCGCCAAAAACCAGCAACACCCCUUCGUCCCAUCCUCCCCAAUUGACCAAAGACCCCCGCAACCGGCCGUUCGUUCUCGUAGCCACCCGGGACAGCCUAAUAAAUUGGACCCAACCAUCACUCUUCCACCAUCAUUCGACCAUCAGAAAGUACCAUACCUUCCGCAACCCGACUACGAUGGGCACCAGAUUCCGCCUGAGCCCGAAAUGAUCAAGGAUCGAAAUGGGUCGACCCGACUCCGUGAUGCUGGCCAUACGCCCAGGCCGAUUGUUAGGAGACGAUCAUCUUCAAAAGUGGAUCAGGAAGUUGUUGCUCGACCUUUGAGUGAUGUGGAGAAGCCGAAAACGAAGCCACCACUUGCCCAGCAGCUCUCACAGACAGCACCGGUCAAGUCGAGGGUUGAUGACAGGCCACGGCCACAGGCCCCUCGUAAACCUCACAUCCUGCGCCCCGAAAAUACCCCGCCACGCCCGAUGCUACGCGCCACCAUCGUCACCCAGGAUUCGUGCGGAAUGGUCGAAAAGCAACCGGUGGCUCGUCGCCCAAGCAGUCGACUCGACGAGCCCCAGAUUGUCAAGCUG